ACGAAAUGGUUAUUAAAAGUGAAGAUUUCUCCGUUAAGUUAAUAAGGAGUGAAGUCGUGACACCAAAACAACCAUGGCAUAAUGAUCACUGGCUACCAUUUACCAACCUAGACUUGCUGGUGCCACCAAUAGAUGUGGGUUCUUUCUUUUGUUACAAAAAAUCAAAUGAUCAGCCAACGGACUAUGCCACCGCCAUGGUUGAUGCCAUCAAGAUUUCAUUAUCUCAAGCACUAUCCGUGUUCUAUCCGCUUGCCGGAGAGAUUGUUUACAACACCGCUGGUGAGCCCGAGAUUCAUUGCAACAACAAAGGUAUCGAGUUUAUCGAAGCUGUAGCUAGCGCUGAGCUCCGAGAACUUAACUUUUACAAUCCUGAUGAGAGCAUUGAGGGGAAGCUAAUGCCCAAGAGGCACCAUGGGGUGCUUGCUAUUCAGGUUACUAUGUUAAAAUGCGGUGGGGUGGUGAUAGCAAGCAUGUUUGAUCACCGAGUAGCAGAUGGUUAUUCAGCCAACAUGUUCAUCUCGUCGUGGGCUGAUAUGACUCGAUCUCAACAACCAACUCUGUUGCCCUCCUUUCGACGUUCCAUACUCAAUGCUAGGCGCCCGACCACCUACUCAGCUUCAGUCACCAAUGUGUUUCUUCCCAUAUCUGAUAUCCCAUCACUCACUACAAUUGAUCCUCAAAAUGAACUUGUUGUAGACCAAACCGCAUUUACUAGUAGAACAUACUACAUAGAGGGUGACCAACUUAAGAGACUCCAAACAUUGGCUAGCGAAAAUGGAUGCCGAAGAUCUAAACUUGAGUCGUUUACCUCCUUUUUAUGGAAGAUUAGUGCUUCGUUUAUAGAGGAUUCGGGCUAUCUUGAACAUUUGUGCUACGUUGCGGUUGCAGUGGAUGGAAGGAGAAGGUUAAGUGAUGGAGAAGGAGUUGAGAAAGAAAAUCUAAUGAAUGCACAUUUUGGUAAUGUUUUAUCCAUCCCGUUUGGAGGGAUCCAGUCAAAGGAUCUAAUUGACAUGACAUUGAGUUCAGCCGCGAACAAGGUUCAUGAGUUUUUGAAGUGUGCAGCUACCAAGGAACACUUCAUGGAUUUGAUAGAUUGGGUUGAGGAUCAAAGGCCAAAACCAUUGAUAUCUAGAUCAUUUGCCGGAAUUGAGAAGGCAUUCUCUAUGAUGGUGUCAUCAGGACAAAGGUUUUCAAUUAUGGACAAGAUGGAUUUCGGGUGGGGGAAACUGGUUUUCGGAUCAUGUCAUGUGCCAAUGGCCAGAACAGAUUGUUAUGUCAUGACCAUGGCGAGUCCGGUCAACGAAAAUGAUUGGGUUGUGUAUAUGCAUUUGCCCAGGAAGCAUUUGAACUACAUAGAGGCUCAUGCAAGUCAUUUGUUUAAACCUUUGACUGCUGAUUACCUUAAAAUUUAA